AUGGCAGAGCAGGGGUUUCAAGUGGACCAGGACAGAUUCUGCUGCUCAAUCUGUCUAGAUCUACUGAAGGCUCCGGUGACGAUUUCCUGUGGUCACAGCUACUGUAUGAGCUGUAUCAAAAGCCACUGGGAUGGAGAGGAUCUGAAGACGGAUUACAGUUGUCCUCAAUGCAGACAGAUCUUCACCCCCAGGCCGGUCUUGGGGAAAAACACCAUGUUGGCAAAUUUAGUGGAGGGAUUUAAGAAGACUGGACUCCAAGACGCUCCGUCCGAUCGAUGCUACGCCAGACCUGGAGAUGUCGUCUGUGAUUUCUGCACCGGGAGAAAACGUAAAGCUCUGAAGUCCUGUCUGCAGUGUCUGGUCUCGUACUGUGAGGAACACCUCCAGCCUCACUACGAGUCCGCUGCUUUUGGGAAACACAAGCUGGUCGACCCCGACAAGAAGAUCCAGGACAACAUCUGCCCUCACCAUAAUGAGAUGAUGAAGAUAUUCUGUCGCACUGAUCAAGAGUGUAUUUGUUAUCUCUGCUCCAUGGAAGGUCAUAAAGACCAUGACACAGUCUCGGCUGCAGCAGAGAGGACCGAGAAGCAGAACGAGCUUUGGGUGAGUCAGCAGAAUAUCCAGCAGAGGAUCCAGAGCAGAGAGGAAGAUGUGAAGAUGCAGCAGCUGAAGGAGGAGGCCAUCAAUCGCUCUGCAGAUCAAGCAGUGCAGGACAGUGAGGAGUACUUUAAGUAUCUGAUCCAGCUUAUUAGGAAAAGAAGCUCUGACUUGGAGCAGCAGAUCAGAACAAAGCAGAACACAGAAGUCAGUCGAGUCCGAGACCUGGGAGAGAAGCUGGACGAGGAGCUCACUGACCUGAGGAGGACCAGCGCUCAGCUGGAGCUGCUCUCAAACACAGAAGACAACGUCCAGUUUCUUCACAGUUACACCGCUCUGCCAGCUGAUACUGGCUCUGCAGACACAUGCAGCAUCGACAUCGGCCCUGUGCAGUGCUUUGAGGAUGUGACAGCAGCAGUGUUUAAGGUCAAGAACACACUUCAGAACAUCCUCAGUGAUGAAUGGGAAAGGAUUUCCCUUGCAGUGAGAUUAGUGGAUGUUUUGCCACAACCAGAGCCCAAGAACAGAGACGAAUUCUUACAAUACUCAUAUCCAAUCACACUGGAUGGAGACACAGCCACUGGGCAGCUUUCCUUAUCUGCUGGGGUCAGAAGAGCGACAGGGAUUGAAGAAACAUUUAGUGGGAUAAAAAUGGGGAUACAAUUGCCGUUUGUUUCCCUAGACUCCCCCAGUGAGAUCUUCCAGCUGCAGGUGCUGAGCAGAGAGCAUCUGCCUGGGCGGUGUUAUUGGGAGGUGGAGUGGGAUGGGGUCGCAGUUUCAGUAGCAGUCACACACAAGUGUAUGAGAGGAGUCGUACAUGAGAGAGGCUUUGGGUAUAACGACAGGUCCUGGGCGUUAAUGUGUUUCAGGAACUGUUAUCAAUUCAUCCAUGACAACAUCAAAACCUUUAUUUUAAGCCCUCUGUCCAACAGAGUCGGGGUGUACCUGGACCAGAAGGCUGGUACUCUGUCAUUCUACGCAGUCUCUGAAACCAUGACUCUCCUCAAAACAGUCCAGACCAGAUUCACGGAGCCGCUCUAUGCUGGACUCUUUGUUGGUUAUCAUUCCACAGCCGAGUUCAAGUGA